GUCAAAUCUAUAAUGAGUAUUUUUAAUUGAAAAAUUCAAUGUUAUAUGAAAAAGGUCGGUUUUUUAAACAAUCCUAAACGAAAAUGCCGUAACAAAAGUGUUCACCGGCGCGUCCAGGAUGCAUAUCAACAUUUUCCUGUUACUGCUUUCCCUGAAAAUCGUGAGUUCUACGACCGACGGCUACUGUGGGGUGUAUCAAGGGAAAAUCUGCAAAAAGUACGUCGAUAACACUAAACGUGUAUGGUUCAAUUGGUCCGAUCACAAUACUAGUGGAGGCUACGAGAAUGAAGUUAUUACCGCUGGACUCUGGGAGGAACUCAUAGUCACUCUGGAUGAGCCCUGCAGAUCAGCUGCUGAGAAGCUGCUGUGCAUCUAUGCUUUCCCUGAAUGCAAUGUCAGCAAGCCGCUGCCUUUGUGCUAUGAGGACUGCGUGGCCGUCAACAAGCUGUUUUGCUACAAAGAAUGGGCCGAAGUGGAAGACAAGAAAGAGAGGGGGGUGUUUAUCAAAUCGCGGGGCCACUUCCGGCUACCAGACUGUUCAAUCUUGCCAAAAUACUCGAAUAAGACUGCGCUGUGCUCGUACGCCGCCUUGACCGAAAUGCAGGAAGACGAGAUCACGUACGAUUGUAUCAAAGGCAGGGGCAGGUUUUACCAGGGAAAGGUAAACGUAACAGCGUCCGGAAUUCCGUGCCAAAGAUGGGACUCGCAGUUCCCUCACACACACGAUUCUCCGCCGAACAUAUUUCCUGAACUCCGAAACGCCGAGAAUUACUGCAGAAAUGCCGGUGGCGAAGAAAAGAGUCCGUGGUGUUUCACUACGAAUCCCAAGAACAGAUGGCAACAUUGCGAUAUACCCCGUUGUCCAAACUCCACCGUGGAUCAGGUUGAAAACAAGAAUAUUGCGAUGGACCAAUUCUUAUCGCCCACUUUCCUUAUCACAGUAUCAAGCGUAGGCCUAUUGAUUAUCGUUAUCUGUUUGUUGCUGAUUUUGCUGUGCCACAGGAUGCACAAAAGACACUUACUCGGAUACAAUGCCCCAGAGAAUGCGGAAGUCAACAUCGAUCUUGAUAAAUUACCUAGUAACGUUGCGUAUCAUCGACACGGUGCUCCACUGAAUCCAAAACUAGAAAAACUAGAAUUCCCGCGAAACGAUAUCAUUUACAUAAAAGACUUAGGACAAGGGGCUUUCGGCAGCGUCUUCCAAGCAAAAGCCCCAGGACUGAUUCCAGGAGAAGAGUUCACGAUAGUAGCCGUAAAAAUGCUGAAAGACGACGCCUCGGAGGAUAUGCAAGACGAUUUUGAAAAAGAGGCAUGUCUGUUAGCCGAGUUUGACCAUCCGAAUAUCGUCAAACUUCUCGGUGUGUGUGCUGUCGGAAGACCGAUGUGUUUGCUGUUCGAAUACAUGGGCAAAGGAGACUUGAACGAGUUUUUGAGGCAGUGUUCGCCCGGAAAUUACGUUGUGAGAAGUGUGGUGGAUGGGGAAUUCACAAAUAAAGACAUAUACAAAGAUAUGCAACUUAGUAGUCUAGAUAAGGUCAAUAUUGCGCUGCAGAUAGCAUCUGGAAUGGUUUACUUAGCUGAUAGGAAGUUUGUUCAUCGUGACCUAGCCACGAGGAACUGUCUGAUUAGUGAUGAUAUGAUAGUCAAGAUAGCAGACUUUGGUCUUUCACAGAAAAUUUACCUUCAAGACUACUAUAAAGGCAGUGAUAGAGACGCAAUACCAGUUCGCUGGAUGCCCUUAGAAAGUAUAUUGUAUAAUAAAUACACACAGGAUCCUUGGGCGGUUCACUUAAACACAAAAAACAUAGAAAAAAGGAGCCAAAUCGUGAGUGCGAGCCGGACCCUCCAAAUCGUCCCUAUUUGAGAUGAGGCGCUCUGGGAAGUAUCAGCUAAACAGCCAUUGAUGCUCCUGAAAUGUGAUGAUGACUCCUGCAUUGUGUCGAGAUAAAACUGUAUGAUACCUUGAAAAAAAGAAGUUAUGCUGUCGCACCCUGUAGCACCUUGUUAUGUAACUGUACUGCAUGUUUCUUUAUUACGCGUCCUGCAUGAGAUUAAUUUUGGUUGCAGUUUGGUCCUACUAAUUGCAGGAAAACACUUUUGCACAAAGACACCUCGUCAAAAAAUUCCGAACAAUAUUGGAUUCAUUGGAGAUGGCAGUAUGGCUAAGGCGAUUUGUAGAAGUAUUAAAAGAGCAGGUACUUGUUGCGCGUGAUUUUCAAAACACUUUUUGUACCGUCAUAUUUUUUUUUUCAAGGUCUAAUCGAAUACUCGCAAGUUUACGUGUCGAGCCCGUUUCCCAAAAACUUGGACAGUUGGAAAGAACUUGGGGCCAACGUGUCAACCAAAAAUGCGUAUGUCGUCAAAGAAGCAGAUAUCAUAUUCCUAGCAGUGAAACCGCACAUUCUUUGUGAUGCUAUUGGUACGAUAACCGCCAGUCCGGUUGCCAAAGAGAUAAAAAAUAAACUGUUCAUAUCUAUCCUUGCAGGUGUUACUAUUAAAAAUCUUGAAGACCUACUAAAGCAUUUUGAGGGAUCUAGAGUUGUAAGGGUGAUGCCAAACACUCCAAUGCUUAUUGGACAGGGUUGCACAGUAUACUGUCCUGGAAGUAAAGUGAGCGACAAUGAUCUCAAACUGGUAAAUAGUAUCUUGGAGGUGACUGGUAUGUGCCAGAUGGUUCCCGAAUCAACCAUCAACUCGAUUGGUGCAGUUACCGCUAGUGGCCCAGCUUUUGUAUAUGUUUUCAUUGAGGCUCUAUCUGAUGGUGGUGUAAGGAUGGGCUUACACAGGGACGUAUCCACGAAAUUCGCCGCACAAACUGUGAUGGGCGCCGCCAAGAUGGUACUAGAAACGAACAAACAUAUGGGAACGCUCAAAGACGAAGUCUGUUCGGCGGGCGGGCAGACCAUUGCUGGAAUACAUGCACUCGAGAAGUGCGCUUUGAGAGGUUCUAUAAUGGACGCUGUGCAAGCAGCUGCUUUACGUGCUGCAGAACUUGGCGAACAAACUAAAAAAUAAUACUACUAAAACGUAAAAUAAUGUGAUGUCUGACAAAUAAUCAUUUUAUUGCUUAGAUAUUUACUUAGCAGUAUUGAUGUAUAUUGUAUAUGUACCUAUAUCAUAUUGAUGUUUCGUAAUUUAUAUUUUUCAAAUAUAGAUUUGUCAAAAAAUGUA